CCCACCUACACAGUGGGCAGGAGGUCGUCCUCGACAGCAUCUCUGUGAACAACGCGGGAACGUAUACUUGUGAGGCCUAUAACAUGGUUACAAAAAGGAACAAUGCCUCAACUACGCAAAUCAAUGUGUUCGAACGUGUUUCCAAUGUCACUGUUACAUCUAACGCCACCAGACUGAUUGAGUACAGCGACACCGUCAGACUAACCUGCUCCGCAAGAGGCACGAAUGUCUCUUACCUGUGGCAUGCGGAGAAUCGCAAGAUAAUUCCUGGAGACAGGAUUGUUCUGAAUGAAGAUCACAGCACACUCACUGUUUCUGGAGUGCUACGGACAGACGGAAGUUUCACCUGUAGAGCAAGCAACAUGAUUAACGAAAUCACAAGCUCUCCGUUUUCUCUUCAUGUCAGCUACGGACCGGAUCGUCCAUCCGUCAUCACUCAACCGCACGCAUCUUUUUACAUUGCCGGAAGCACGAUCAGGUUAACAUGUUCCACGGAGUCCCGCCCAGAUGCUGAAUUGAAUUGGGAACAGAAUGGUGCCCGCCUACAAAGUGGGCAUGAGGUCGUCCUCGACAGCGUCUCUGUGGCCCACACGGGAAAGUAUACUUGUGAGGCCUAUAACACGAUUACAAAAAGGAAUAAUGCCUCAACCACGGAAAUCAUUGUGUUCGAGACAGUGACUGGGGUUACUGUCGUGGCCAGUGAUCCCAACCCCCUUGAAGACCCCGAUACCAUCACACUCAGCUGUCACGCGUCGGGCACUGUUCAGACACGGACAUGGGUCAAGGAUAACCAACCCAUCCAGGAAAACGGCAGAAUAUUUACAUCUCCCGACAAGGCGAAACUGACUGUAAUCAGAGCUAACAGAAACGACGCAGGGACGUACAAGUGCAUCGCCAGCAAUUCAUUCAGCAGUGGCGCUGGAGUGACCAACGUGCAAGUUUACUAUGAAAAUUGUACCUUCCGGGCUGGCGCGAUCGUGGGCAUUGUACUCGGUUUACUUAUCAUGGGCCUGGUGGGAGGAUUCAGUGGAUGGCUGUUCGCAAGAAAAGCUGGCGGUUUAUUCAGCAACAUAUAUCCACCGAAAUCUAAAAAUGGCACGGGCAGAAAUUCCGGAUGGAAAAGCGCCUUCGACACAAAGACCGUAAACUCAUCAGAAUAUUAUGAAAAUGUCCAAAUGGAUGAACAGUCUUUACCCCUUUCCCACUCAUUAGGCCUCACCUCCCAGCCAGUACUCAUUCCCCUGGCCACCAUUCUGUCCAGGCGUCUUCCUGCCUUCUUCCCAGCCCAGUAG